AUGCCACUUUGGCUUGUGACUUUGGUUGAGGUUAUGUUUACGAAACUUUAAGUUGUAACUCGACGUACAAUUUUAUUUCUAAAAUGGAAAUAGACAGUGAUCUUCCCACUUGUGUACAAGCAAGACUAAAGUCGGAUACGGGUAAAGACACGGGUAGCCCUUUAGAUUUACCGUUAAACAUUACUAAAGAUCAACUACAACUGAUAUGCAAUGCCCUUCUUCAGGAAGAAGACAAACCAUUCCUGUUCUUUGUAAAAGAUGUCGAAAUUACAAACACGCUAAAGGAUGCCUUGGACUUCAAAAGUUUGAAUUCUGAAGAAGUCGUAGAGAUAAUAUAUCAGCAGCAGGCUGUAUUUCGGGUUCGACCGGUCACAAGAUGUACCAGUUCAGUACCGGGUCACGCAGAAGCAGUGAUAUCAACAAGCUUCAGUCCAUCAGGAAAGCAGCUAGCCAGUGGCUCUGGCGAUACCACAGUGCGAUUCUGGGAUCUGCAUACUCAAACACCACUUCAUGUUUGUAAAGGUCAUACAAACUGGGUACUCUGUAUUAGCUGGUCACCAGAUGGCAAUAAGCUGGCAUCAGCAUGUAAGCAAGGGAGAGUGAUGAUUUGGGAACCUCAGACUGGCAAACAGGUUGGAAAAACCAUGAUCGGACACAAGCAAUGGAUUACUGCAUUAGCUUGGGAGCCAUAUCAUAGCAAUCCAGACUGCAGAAAAUUAGCCAGUUCAUCAAAAGAUGGUGAUGUAAGAAUAUGGGAUACAGUGACUUGUCUCACCAUACUCAGCUUGUCUGGGCAUUCAAAGGCUGUCACAUCAGUCAAAUGGGGAGGGGCAGGACUUAUCUACACUUCUUCGCAGGAUAGAACAAUAAAGGUGUGGCGUGCAGAAGAUGGAGUUCUGUGCAGAACAUUAGAAGGGCAUGCUCAUUGGGUAAACACUCUAGCUCUAAGUACGGAUUAUGUUUUGAAAACUGGACCAUUCCAUCCCAUUCUAGAUCAUCAGGAACCAACUAAUGAUAAGAAUAUUCUCCAGGAACGUGCUCUAAAAAGGUAUGAAACAGUGUGCCAACAAGGUGCUGAAAAACUAGUAUCGGGAUCUGACGACUUCACUCUUUUCCUCUGGCUGCCUGAAAAGGAGAAGCGGCCGCAGGCACGGAUGACUGGCCAUCAACAACUUAUCAAUGAUGUCAAAUUCUCGCCAGAUACUAGAAUAAUAGCGUCAGCAUCAUUUGAUAAAUCAGUGAAACUGUGGGAUUCAGCUACUGGAAAGUUCAUCACAACGCUAAGAGGGCACGUACAAGCUGUCUAUAUGGUGGCCUGGUCCGCAGACUCGAGGCUUCUCCUCAGCUCAAGUGCUGAUUCUACAUUGAAAGUUUGGAGUCUUAAAACCAAGAAAUUGGAAUUGGAUUUACCUGGCCAUGCUGACGAAGUAUAUGCUGUGGAUUGGUCUCCAGACGGCGCCUACGUAGCCUCUGGUGGAAAGGAUAAAGUAUUGAAAUUGUGGCAACACUAAAACAAGAUGAAAUUAAGAUCGAUUAUGUAUUUGACUAAGAGUAAUAAUGUUACAUAGGUACCUUUGUAAACAUGAAACAAUACAAGAAAAUGUUACUUGA